AUGUCAAUAAAAGCAAGGAAAUUAGCCGUGGUGGGCUCGCGGUCAGUCGGCAAAUCAUCAAUGACAGUACGAUUUGUCGAAGAACAUUUUUUAGAAAGCUACUAUCCCACAAUUGAAAACCAAUUCAGCAAAAACAUCAAGCUCAAAAACCAAGAAUAUGCCAUCGAGAUCUUGGACACAGCAGGCCAGGACGAAUACAGUAUAAUGAACGAGAAACACUUGGUGGGCGUGCACGGCUAUCUCCUUGUAUACUCGGUCACCUCGAGACAAUCAUUUGAAGUGAUUGAAUUCAUCAGAGACAAGAUUUUGAACUCGGUCGGCUCAGAGAAUAUACCGAUGAUUUUAGUCGGUAACAAAUGCGACUUGCAGUAUCAGAGACAAGUUGAAGAACUGGAAGGGCGAAAGUUGGCGCAUAAGUUGAAUGUGCAGUUUUACGAAACCUCGGUGAAGGAAAACGUCAAUAUUGCGUCGACUUUUGAGUGUUUAAUUGAUGAAAUUGAAAGGAUACAUAAUCCGCCUGCGAUUAAAAAGGACGAUAAAUGCGUUAUUGUAUGA